GUGGUCGUUCGAAGAUGGCAUGCUCAAGAGGAGAGAUUAGUGACACUAUCAGAAGAGGAGGAAAUCAGAUACUCUGAAGCAGUAAAACGUUUCGAGUUCGAUGAUCAGCUUGGACCAUACAAUUUGGACUCUUUUGGUGAUUGGAAACAACUUUCAAACUACUUGUCACAAAGUGUAAUCGAACGCCUUGAGCCAAUUGGUGGAGAAAUUACAAUUGCGUUGGAGACAUCAUGGAUGGAUAGAGCUCCCCAAACAGAGAUGGAGAGACGAUUGAUGGAACAACUUAGAGAAGACAAAUUUGCAAAGAAAGCCCCCACACAGCCUGAGCGUAGAGGAUGCUACUACACAACUAUCCCUGCUUCUGUUAAACACAAGAACAUUUCUGCAGAUGAGCUGACUUUGCUGAAUUUGGACAGAACGAGCUUGCUGGAGACUGUCCUGGCCAAAAAUUAUCAAGGCCAAGAAGAUUUACUCUUGGGGGAGCUGCAGUUCUCUUUCAUAGCGUUUAUGAUGGGACAGUCGCUGGAGGCGUUUAUGCAGUGGAAAGCAUUGGUCAGUCUUCUUUUGAGCUGCAGUGAAGCUCCACUUCAUACAAGAACACAAAUGUUUGUAAAGUUUAUAAGGGUUAUUUACUAUCAAUUCAAGCAUGGCUUUCAACGUACACAUGAUUCCAGAAGUAGUGAUGACAAGGGCAACUCUUUGUUUCUGGAUGAAGCAUGGUUCUCAAGAGACAUAUUUCUUUACCGGCUUUCCAAGGAUUUCUUGACGGUAAUAUUUGAAGCUCAAGUCGUGGAUGGAGACCUUCUGUCAUGGGCUAGGAAACUUAAGACGCUCCUGGAGACCACUUUUGGAUGGGAUCUCGAGAACAAUGCGGCGAACCUUAUCGAUGAGGACGACGAGUUUGCUCCCGUGGUCGUGGAAAUGGACGGCUAGCGUGGAAACUCUAGGGAAUCUUAAGAUGGAUGUGAUGCUUGCUUAUACCCUUAAGAAGAUCUGCAUGGGUGGGUACUUGCUUUACACUACAAGCUGGAGUAUCUAGUUCCCAAAAUGUUGGUUGUAAAUAUACACAUAUCUGCAUCGUCCUGGUUGCAUCACUAAGACAGUGACCGUAUGUAUGCCUCUAUUUUUCAUGGUUGUAAAUAUACACAUAUCUGCAUCGUCCUGGUUGCAUCGUCCUGGUUGAAUUUCGUCGGCUUUGCAGAUCA